AACCCUCCCACCCCGCCGCAUCACACCACAGAAUCUCCUCCAGCUUCCGCGUCUCACCAUUUAAUUAUUUGAGCUCGAGCUAGCUCAGCUGCCUCUUGUUGCUUGUUUGCUUAAUUUUGAGCAAUCUUGAACUAGCCCCACUAGCUAGCUCAUUAAUCAGCGAUCAAUCGACGUAUUAACAUGGGGAGCCUUGGCACUAACCCUGCUUCCUCCGCUGCGUUCGCCGCUGACGCCCACGCUUUCCAACCGCUCAACGCCGACGACGUCCGCUCCUACCUACUCAAGUCCGUUGACUUCAUCUACGACUACUACAAGACCGUCGAGUCCCUGCCCGUGCUCCCGGGCGUCGAGCCGGGCUACCUGCUCCGCCUGCUCCAGUCCGCGGCGCCCAACGCCUCCGCGCCGUUCGACAUUGCUAUGAAGGAGCUCCGCGAGGCUGUCGUGCCGGGGACGACCCACUGGGCCAGCCCCAACUUCUUCGCCUUCUUCCCGUCCACUAACAGCGCCGCUGCCAUCGCCGGCGAGCUCAUCGCCUCCGCGAUGAACACCGUGGGGUUCACGUGGCAGGCGAACCCGGCGGCCACGGAGAUGGAGGUUCUUGCGCUCGACUGGCUCGCGCAGCUCCUGCGCCUCCCCACGAACUUCAUGAACCGGACUAACGCUGGACGUAGCACUGGCGGCGGCGUCAUCCUCGGCACGACCAGCGAGGCAAUGCUGGUCACGCUCGUCGCAGCCCGUGACGCCGCCCUGCGCCGGAGCGGGUCCAUUGGCGUGGCCGGUAUCACGCGCCUGACCGUGUACGCCGCCGACCAGACGCACUCCACGUUCUUCAAGGCGUGCCGCCUAGCCGGCUUCGACCCUGCCAACAUCAAGUCCAUCCCCACUGGAGCUGAAACCGACUAUGCUAUCGACCCGGCGAAGCUCCUCGAGAUCAUGCAGGCUGACGUCGACGCCGGCCUCGUGCCAACCUACAUCUGCGUCACGGUCGGCACCACGUCGUCCAACGCCGUCGACCCGGUGGGCGAUGUCGCCGAUGUUGCCGCCCGGUACAAUGCGUGGGUCCACGUCGACGCUGCCUACGCCGGCAGCGCAUGCAUCUGCCCGGAGUUCCGUCAUCACCUCGACGGCGUCGAGCGUGUCGACUCCAUCAGCAUGAGCCCUCACAAGUGGCUCAUGACGUGCCUGGACUGCACUUGCCUGUGGGUGCGCGACACGCACCGUCUCACCGACUCACUGGAGACCAACCCGGAGUACCUCAAGAACGACGCCAGCGAGUCCGGCGUCGUCACCGACCUCAAGGACAUGCAGGUCGGCGUCGGCCGCCGGUUCCGCGGCCUCAAGCUCUGGAUGGUCAUGCGCACCUACGGCGCCGCCAAGCUCCAGGAGCACAUCCGCAGCGACGUCGCCAUGGCCAAGAUGUUCGAGGACUCCGUGCGCGCCGACGACCGGUUCGAGGUCGUGGUGCCGAGGAACUUCGCACUUGUCUGCUUCAGGAUCAAGCCCCGCGGCGCCAUGACAGAGGAGGAUGCCGAUGAGGCUAACCGCGAGCUCAUGGAGCGCCUGAACAAGACUGGGAAGGCGUACCUGGCGCACACGGUUAUCGGUGGCAAGUUCGUGCUGCGGUUCGCCGUGGGAUCGUCGCUGCAGGAGGAGAGGCACGUGCGAAGCGCGUGGGAGCUCAUCAAGAAGAAGACCACCGAGAUCAUCAAGGCAGAGAUGUAGACUGUUUUGUAUUGAUUAAUUUUUAUAUAUUCUGGAUUGAUUGUUGUAAUGCCGAAAGGUGGUGUCGAAUAGCGCGCGCCUUUCGGUGGUGUAUGCAUGCAUAAUCGCUGUCUAUCAUGCAUGUAUGGAAGGGUAUGUACUGCAUUGGACCUACCGAAUAAAUGUUACGUAUGGGCUAUGUUAUAUAUAUAUUUAUCGAGUUGUUGUUUUUUCUCUA